GGCGGUCCAGUGAGAGACUCUCCGACAGGCACGGAGGGUGAUUGGGAGGAAAGGGGCCAGCGAGAGGCUUGUCAUGGGGAUCCGAGCUACGAGACGGCAUUGGUAGCAUCUGGUGACUCCGAGGGGGACAGGAAGUGUCAACGCCCGGGACCCCGGCGCCAGCUCCGCUGGGGGGAUCCCCGCUGCUCUAGUCCUGGGGAGGGAGGGGGGAAAAGGAGGGAGCCCCGAUCUCGCCCCGCCCCUGGGCUUGUUACCGCGGGGGCGGGGAGUGAGGGCUUCUUUUGCGGGGAGUAGAGAUCGGGGGACUCGGCUGUGCCCUCUCGAGCGGCUGCCGGUGUCCCCGCGGCGCCGGGCUGCCGAGCAGAGGAGCCGCGGCGGCCGUGGCUGUUGCAUGUGUGGCUGCUGGAUGCGGAGGCGGCGGCGGCGGCGGCGGCGAGGAGCAGCAGCGGCGGCAGGAUGUUAGGGCAGCAGCAACAGCAACUCUACUCGUCGGCCGCGCUCCUGACCGGGGAGCGGAGCCGGCUCCUCACCUGCUAUGUGCAGGACUACCUCGAGUGCGUGGAGUCGCUGCCCCACGACAUGCAGAGGAACGUGUCCGUGCUGCGAGAGCUGGACAACAAAUAUCAAGAAACAUUAAAGGAAAUUGAUGAUGUCUAUGAAAAAUAUAAGAAAGAAGAUGAUUCAAACCAGAAAAAACGCCUCCAGCAGCAUCUCCAGAGAGCAUUAAUCAAUAGUCAAGAAUUGGGAGAUGAAAAAAUUCAGAUUGUCACACAGAUGCUCGAAUUGGUGGAAAAUCGGGCAAGGCAAAUGGAGCUACAUUCACAGUGUUUUCAAGAUCCUGCUGAAAGUGAGCGAGCCUCAGAUAAAGCAAAGAUGGAUUCCAGCCAACCAGAACGAUCUUCGAGAAGACCCCGCCGACAGCGAACCAGUGAAAGCCGUGAUCUGUGUCACAUGACGAAUGGGAUUGAAGACUGUGAUGAUCAGCCACCUAAAGAAAAGAAAUCCAAGUCAGCCAAGAAAAAGAAACGUUCCAAGGCCAAGCAGGAAAGGGAAGCUUCACCUGUUGAGUUUGCAAUAGAUCCCAAUGAACCUACAUAUUGUUUAUGUAACCAAGUGUCUUAUGGGGAAAUGAUCGGAUGUGACAAUGAACAGUGUCCAAUUGAAUGGUUUCACUUUUCAUGUGUUUCACUUACCUAUAAACCAAAGGGGAAAUGGUAUUGCCCAAAGUGCAGGGGAGAUAAUGAGAAAACGAUGGACAAAAGUACUGAAAAGACAAAGAAGGAGAGAAGAUCAAGGUAGUAAAGGCCAUCUGCAUUUUAAAGGGUUAUUUGUCUUUUAUAUAAUUCUUUCAGAAUUUACUUUCAGAAAAUGUUUUAGGGUAAAUGCAUAAGACUAUGCAAUAAUUUUUAAUCAUUAGUAUUAAUGGUGUAUUAAAAGUUGUUGUACUUUG